CCGGUGCUCGAAGUGUUCUGGUGUUUGAGCGAGAACUAUCCAAGAAAAUCCAAAUUAAUCGUAAAAACCGUAAGGGAUCCUUGCUUCUUUAUACUCACAAAGAUGGCUGCAAUGCCUCUUCAAGCUCGUCCACAGGGUAUUACCUUCGAUGAAUAUGGCAGACCAUUUAUAAUUUUGAAAGAACAAGAUAGGCAAACGAGGUUGACAGGGCUCGAUGCACAGAAGUCUCACAUUUUGGCGGCAAAAGCUGUAGCUAAUAUUCUACGCACUUCUCUGGGGCCGAAAGGCAUGGACAAAAUGAUGGUGAGCCCAGAUGGAGAUGUUACAGUAACCAAUGAUGGUGCCACCAUUUUGGACAUGAUGCAGGUGGAACAUCAAAUAGCUAAACUGAUGGUUGACUUGUCAAAAUCACAGGAUGAUGAAAUUGGUGAUGGAACAACAGGAGUUGUAGUUCUUGCUGGAGCUCUUCUUGAACAAGCUGAACAGCUGUUGGACUGGGGAAUUCACCCUAUAAGGAUUGCUGAUGGUUAUGAGCUGGCUGCCAGAAUAGCUAAUGAACAUCUUGACAACAUUUGUGACAGCUUUCCUAUUGACAAAAGCAAUCCAGAAUCUCUUAUUCAGACUGCCAUGACAACAUUGGGAUCUAAAAUUGUAAGCAGAUGUCAGAGGAAGAUGGCAGAAAUUGCAGUGGAAGCUGUUCUGUCUGUGGCAGACUUGGAAAGAAAAGAUGUAGACUUUGAAUUAAUUAAGAUGGAAGGGAAGGAAGGUGGAAAGCUGGAGGACACAAUGUUGGUUAAAGGAGUUGUUGUGGACAAAGAUAUGAGCCAUCCUCAAAUGCCAAAGGUCAUCAAAGAUGCUAAACUUGCUAUUUUGACCUGCCCGUUUGAGCCGCCCAAGCCAAAAACAAAGCAUAAGUUGGAUGUGACUUCUGUAGAAGAUUAUCAAAAACUGCGAGAGUAUGAGAAGGAGAAAUUUGAAGAAAUGGUUAAACAAGUAAAGGAUACAGGUGCUAACCUGGCCAUAUGUCAGUGGGGUUUUGAUGAUGAAGCUAACCAUCUUUUACUGCAAAAUGAGCUGCCUGCUGUCAGAUGGGUUGGAGGACCUGAAAUAGAGCUUAUUGCAAUUGCAACUGGCGGAAGAAUAGUUCCCAGAUUUUCAGAACUGACAGCAGAUAAACUUGGCAAAGCUGGCCUGGUGAAAGAGCUCAGUUUUGGAACAACCAAAGAUAGGAUGUUAGUUAUUGAAGAAUGCCUCAACUCACGAGCUGUUACAAUCUUCAUCCGUGGAGGAAACAAAAUGAUCAUUGCUGAGGCCAAAAGAAGCAUGCAUGAUGCCCUGUGUGUUGUCAGGAAUCUUGUGCGAGAUAACCGUGUUGUGUAUGGUGGAGGUGCAACAGAGCUUGCAUGCUCCUUAGCUGUCACCAAAGAGGCAGACAAAAUAUCCACGCUUGAGCAGUAUGCCAUGAGAGCAUUCAGCGAUGCCUUAGAAGCCAUACCUCUUGCACUGGCAGAGAAUUCAGGCCUGAACCCAAUUCAAACUGUAGCCAGUAUUAAAUCCAGACAAGUCGCUGAAGGCAAUCCUAGACUUGGUGUUGACUGCAUGGAUGCUGGAAUUAAUGAUAUGAAAGAACAACACGUCAUUGAAACGCUAAUUGGAAAGAAACAGCAAAUAAGUCUAGCCACCCAACUUGUAAAGAUGAUCCUUAAAAUCGACGAUAUCAGGACGCAAGGAGAAUCGUGACACCCUGACUUGGCUAGCUUGCGUGACAUCUGAGUGUGACAUACGAUUGGUGGGCAAGAAUCACACUGGUGUGUUGCCUACGCCAGUUAUUCAUGGACUCUAUGUUUGAACAAAAGUUGUCAGGCGAAGUUUCUUUACAGAUAGUGUUGAACAUUCUAGUUAAUUAAAUGUUCAAGAAAUCGUCUUUUAAGCCGGCGAAAGAACCAAAGAACAGUCUUAAUUCGACGAAGAUCGAGAGAAAUGUAUCACAUUGGUGAAUAAAAUUGUAAACAGAG